GGUAUUAUAGGAAUUUGGUUGUUGAAAAAUACAUUAGGGCCUCUCCUCUUUCCCUCGUUCCGUUUCGCAGUAGCAGCUCCCUCCCUGUCUUUCAAACCUCAGCUCUCUCUCCGGCGGUCGUUUCUUUUCUCACCGGAAUGGAAAUCAAUUUGGGGAAACUUGCAUUUGACAUUGAUUUUCAUCCAUCUGAUAAUCUCGUUGCUACAGGACUCAUAGAUGGCGACCUUCACUUAUACCGUUAUAGCUCUGAUAAUACUAAUAGCGACCCAGUGAGGGUGUUGGAAGUUCAUGCCCACACCGAGUCUUGCAGAGCUGCUCGAUUCAUUAAUGGUGGACGCGCACUGUUGACGGGUUCUCCCGAUUUCUCGAUACUGGCUACGGAUGUGGAAACUGGAUCUACUAUUGCACGACUUGAUAAUGCCCAUGAGGCUGCAGUCAAUAGAUUGGUAAACUUGACCGAGUCAACAAUUGCUUCUGGAGAUGAUGAUGGCUGUAUUAAGGUUUGGGAUACCAGAGAACGUUCUUGUUGCAAUUCAUUUGAAGCGCACGAGGAUUACAUUUCAGACAUGACAUUUUCACCUGAUGCAAUGAAACUAUUGGCCACAAGUGGAGACGGGACUCUUUCUGUUUGCAAUCUACGACGAAAUAAAGUCCAAGCUCAAUCUGAAUUUUCAGAAGACGAACUAUUGUCUGUUGUUUUAAUGAAGAAUGGCAGGAAAGUUGUUUGCGGAUCACAAACUGGAAUCCUGCUAUUGUAUUCAUGGGGAUCCUUCAAGGAUUGCAGUGAUCGAUUCGUUGAUCUCUCUUCAAACUCUGUUGAUACCAUGUUAAAGCUUGAUGAAGAUAGGAUUAUUACGGGAUCGGAGAAUGGAAUGAUCAACUUGGUUGGAAUAUUGCCAAACAGAGUCAUUCAACCAAUUGCAGAGCAUUCUGAAUAUCCUGUUGAGCGUCUUGCAUUCUCUCAUGAUAGAAAGUUUCUUGGAAGUAUUGCACAUGAUCAAAUGUUAAAGCUAUGGGACUUAGAUAAUAUACUGCAAGGUUCAAUAAGCACCCAGAGAAAUGAAAAUGGGGUGGUCAACAAUAACGUUGACAGUGACGAUGACGAUGACGAUGAGAUGGAUGUAGAUGACAAUCCUUCUAAGUCUACUAAAGGGAAGAAGACAAAGAAGAAUGCAAGUAAAGGGCGUGCUGCAGGUGAUUCAAACAACUUCUUUGCAGAUUUAUAGGAGAAGUGGCUGCAACUUUUUCAAUAACUUAUAAUCUACUAAAGAACACUUGCAAGUGUGAUUUAAUUAUCAACAAACAUCCUCUAAAGUUUAAGGUGCCCCUUUGCAAAAGUUAUUCUUAAAUUCAGCACCUUGUCUCACAGGACACAGAUACCUUGUGGUACCAUCAAUCCAAAAUCAUCAUACCCAUAUUUGCCAUAAACACACCUUUUCCAACAGUUUUGAUAACCAAAUUAGUUUUUAUUUA